GACCGUAAUGGGAGAGCCCCUUUACCAAUGCUUGCAUGCAUCUAAAAGAAUGGGAUUAAGCCAAUCAUGGUUCUCUCCGCUAUCCAUAGCAUAGCUAAUUAUCAACAUCGGAGUUACAAAAUGAAGUGGGGCACCUACAAUGAAUUACAUCUCUCUCAGCAAAGGAUGCUUAUCUCUUAUUCUCACCUCUAGCAAUCCAAGCUACUACAACCCAUGAAUAGGUGUUAAUUGAGCCGAGCUUGAGCAAGCCUAUGUCCGAUCAAUCUUGCUUCUCUGAAUGAUACCUAAUUUAUUUAGCAUUAUUUCAAUCUCAAUUCAAGCUUAAUUUCAAAUGAAACUAAGGAAAAGCCUACUUAUUAAUCUGGAAUCAAAUACCUUGGUUCUACAGAUGUUGUUCUUGAGCGUUAUGUUGUUUUUGGCUCCAGCAAAAGGGAAUACAGGGGUUAGGGGUUCCCCUCAUCUAGUGGGGAAAUCCGAUGAGGCCAAAGGGAAAUCAUUGGAGAUCAAAGGGAAAGAAUCGAUUGGGGUGAAGGAUUAUGGAGGUUCACAAUUGGAGGGUGAUGGAGGUUCGCCUUCGCGACUUUCUUCUUCUCCACCGAGAGGUCAACCAGGAGUGGCGAUGCAACCUUGGAAUCAAGUAGUCCAGGAACAAAGACGAUUUUGCUGGGAAUCUUUGAAGGUUUCUAAGGCUGAGAUUGCUGUGCUUGAAAGUAUAUUUCAAAAGGCCGUUGGGUUCACUGAGGAGGACAUUCAAGGUUCGUUAGAUCGAUGGAAAUUUGUACUCAUACCUGCUGAGCAGGAAAGAAUUCUUGCUCAAGGUCCUUGGACUCUGGUUGGACAAAUUUUAGCCUUAGGACCUUGGCAUCCUGGUUUUCGUCCAGGGUGUGAUAAGAUAUCUAAGGUAGCUGAGUUGAAUAACCAAACACAUGAGGUGAUGGUUCAGCAGCUUCAACUCACUCUUCUUCCCCAUCAGGAUGCAUCUCCAUCAAGAGAAGGUAAGAAAAUUUUGGAUGUUACUGGUUCUAUGGGGACGGGGUUGGAGGGUUCGAACAGGGCUUCUCCUUCUAAUCUUUAACAAUGAAGAUGAUUGUGUGGAAUUGCAGAGGAGCUGCAAAUCCAUCCUUUGCAAAUCAUACAAAAAUACUCUUAACAAAAGAAAAACCUGAUAUUACGUAUUUUCUUGAAAUCUAAUUAUGGAGUGAUGCUUUUUAUAGAAUAAGUAGAUUUUUGGAUUACGAAUGAAGUGUUUAUAUGAUUCUAGCUGUCAGUUUGUCAGGAAGCAUUGUGGUAGCUUAGCAUAAGUCUUUAGAAAAACUUUCUUUUAUAUAUGUUGCAAGGCAGAUUAUUUUUGGUGUCAUUUCUGUUCCCAAUAAAUACAGCUAGAUAUUAAGAUUAGUCUAUGCUAGUACUUCUUAUAUUGAGCAUUGGAACUUAUGGAAUCAGAUCCAGUCAAUGAUGUCUAUGGGAUUUUUAUUUUUGUUGGUUGGUGAUUUUAACUAUUUCCUAAACUCGAAGGAUAAAAGGAGAGGUAGACAUUUUAGGGUUGAUCAUGAAGUUAGGAAAUUUAGAGCUUGUUUGUGUCAAACUGGCCUCAUUGAUUUAGUGUUCAUGGAUCCAAAGUAUACUUGGCGUAAUAAUCGUCUGUGUAUAGCUAGGGUCUGGGAGAGAAUAGAUAGAGCUUUUAUUUCUUCAGGCUGGUUGAAUUUGUAUGUUGAAUCUCUUGUUAUCCAUUUGGCUAGGUUUGCUUCUGAUCAUUGUCCUCUAUCUAUUAUGGUGUCUAAUCAUAUCAGAAGAGGCCCUACUCCAUUUAGAUUUGAAAAAUUUUGGUUAUCUUAUAAUUCUUUGACUAACAUUGUACAGCAAGCUUGGCAGCAUGAUGAAAACAUCACUUCAGACAAUCGCCUCAAUAAACUUCUCCAGAAUGUUUGUGUGGCCAUUAAAAAUUGAAAAACCAGGUUAGGUAGCUUGUUUCAAAAAGGUAAGCUUUUGUAUUUACAAAUUUAUGAUUUGUAAAUAAUGAAAGCAAAUUUGGGGGGUCUUUCUCCAUUACUUUAUAAUCAGUUGCUAAAGUUGCUAAUGGAGUAUAAUGCAAAUUUGAAUCAUCAAGAACUUCUUUGGAGGCAAAAGCCUCAGCAAACCUGGUUGCAAGAAGGUGAUGCAAACACUCGAUAGUUUCAUAUAUCCACUAUUAUGCGAAGGAGGAAAAAUAGAAUAAUAAAAAUAGUAGAUCCUCAUGGUAAUUGUUUAACUAAACAAGAGGACAUUCAUAGUUUGUUACUUGAUCAUUUCAUGCACCAUUGGCAACAAGAUGAAAAUAUAUUGCAGUUAGAUUAUCCUUUACUAACUCCUUUAAUUUCUUCUGCACAAAGCAUAAAUCUAACUAAAUGAGUGUCAGAUGCAGAGAUUGAAGAUGCUAUCCAUAAUAUGCAAUCUGAUAAAGCUCCAGGAUCAGAUAGAUUUUUUGUGUUAUUCUUCCAAUAUUUUUGAUCAAUAAUUAAAAAUAAUAUAAUAUUAGCAGUCAAAUAUUUCUUCGACACAGGUAUGUUGUCAUCUACAUGGAAUCAAACUUUCAUUAUUCUUUUGCCAAAAAAAUCUAAUCCUCAAACACCUAACGAUUGUAGGCCAAUUAGUUUAUGUAAUACUAUAUAUAAAAUUUUGGCAAAAAUUUUGGUUACUCGUCUUAGGUCUGUUCUUCCUUGAUAUCUAAAGAGCAAGGUGCUUUUAUUUUGGGUAAAAAUAUUUUUACCAAUAUUCUCAUUACUUAAGAGUUAAUGCAUUCUUUAGCUAGAGCAUCCAGAUCAUGUAGAUUAAUGAUGAUUAAACUUAAUAUGGAGAAGGCGUAUGAUAGAAUAAAUUGGAGUUUUUUGUUUCAUAUCAUGCACAUGUAUGGCUUUCAUCAAAUUUUCAUUACUUGGAUCAAAGUUUGCAUUCAAUUUUCUUAAUUUGCUCUGCUUAUUAAUGGAUCACCUACACACUGGUUUAUUGGCACUCGUGGUAUUAGACAAGAUUGUCCUCUUUCCUCUUAUCUUUUUAUCUUUGUGGCUCAAACUUUUUUCAA